UUAACACUUUCUCUUCUCUGUGAAUCCAGCUAGAGGCCGCAGUCCAACAUGCAGAGCGUAACUCGGCGGGUGAAAGCUCCCAAAAUCUAAACAGAGUGAUUCGUACAGAUGAAUCCCAAGAUCUGCUUGCAACGGUGGCAGGACCUUCAAAAAGGCAGCGCGCUUCAAACACCUGCUCAUUUGGAAUGCAAUCAUCAAAGGAAUCGACUCGCCAAGCAAUGUCACAGUACGUUUCCAAGACAAGUGGACUUAAUUCGGUUAUGGUCGAAACAGUCCAAUCGUAUAGUGAAGGACAGCGUUACGCAUCGCAGGUGGUAUUACCUAAGGAUAAUAAAGAUCUAUUUGAACCACUGCGUAAAGUGGUAUCAGGAUCAAACUCUCAGUACGUGCCCAAGAACAGUGAAUCAUUGCCAAGACAAGUUGUGGUUGAGAAUGAUCAUCCGUGCUGUGACAUGCUUCCCAAAGACUCGCAGGACUUAUUGGAUAUCGAAUCACAAUUGGAAAAUGCUGAUGAUACUCAAGGCCUGGUGGGAAUACCCAAGGAAACGCCACACGAGGUGACGCAGCGAUUUUCAAAAAACGAUUGUGCUUCCAACGAUCACUCUCUUGAAAUGCGUCCGCCUCCGCUUCUUAUGGCGAACUCCCAAUACGUUUCCAAUGAACCCAAUAUCACAACAGUUCAUAUGGAAAUUUUGAAGACCGAUGUUGAGACCGGUGGUGCUGGAAACAUUACGGUCGGAAUCGAUCAACUGAGUGACUCUCAGGAGAUAUUGGACUUUGAGAAUAUGACUCAAUAUGACUGUCCACAAGGAACAAAAGAUCGCAGCCCUCUGGCCGCAAGAGAUGAGAAUCAAUUGAAUUCUUCGAUCCAUGACUUGAGCGGCCAAGGUGCUGCCCUCGGUUCUACCGACAACGACGUUCCAAAUUGGGAAGCUAAGUACAAGCAACUGGAAAAACAAUACAAAGAAUUAUCUGAAAAGCACAAGAAGUGCAAGCAGAAGUUUGCUAAGUUGGAGGCCGAUAAGCUCACUGCUGAUGACUACAGCUUGCGUUUGGGGAAAGAAAUGAUGCAGCUUAAAGAUAAACAGAUGAUCAAAACGGCACAUUUCACAGAGGAAGAAGGAAUACCUGUUACGGUUGCUGAGCUGGAAGAGCUGAACAGCCGUGCCGAUACCGACAGCUUGUUUGUCGGGUUGUUAGCCACCAGAGCGAUUGGAGCAGAAAAACUUGCGAAAAUGAGUGUCACAGGGCAGGCCUGCCAUCGGUUCUCAAAGGCAAAGUAUCCGGAUGGGACACCUAGAUAUCCGGCAGCAGAAGGAAUCGACCCCAAAAUCAUAGAAUUUUUAUGCAACAAGGUUGCAGAACGUACAGCGAUAAAAAUUGGGCCCGAAAAUCUGGCAACCAUCCGAAAGCGCUCGGAGCUAGCAGUGGUGAAGAAAUACGUUGGACAGAAGAUCGCAAACCUGAAGAAAGCAGCCGAGGUCCGAAAUGCUCGAACGCAAGACAGUGGAAACAUUCGUUUGUGAGCCUCUUUUAUGAAAAUGAUCGUCGUUUUAAAACUCAGCAUCAGAAUUUGAAUAAACUCGUUUUUACAAACUAGAAUCUGCUAUCUUAUGUAUUAAAUAAGAAACAAUGAAACAAUGAGUUCGUGUAUCGCAAACUUACUUUAGACAAGAUCAAUUUUAAUGAUGUUAUUUAUUUUCAUACUGUAUAUGUUCCUUAUGAAGUAAGAUUUUUCUACGCGAUUUCACUUGUUUCAUUGAUUCUUACUUGAUUUGUUCCUUAUUUCUUUCUUACGGCCGUGCUUAGGGUACAAGACUACAAGGAGAGCGACACUAUCUUUGCCAAGUCGAACCCCCCAAAGAAGCCGAAAAAAGACGAAACCCCCCAGUAAAACUCGCAAAAGUGUUGCGGGAUUUACCG